UUUCCCUGAGAGACUGAGCGAGACCGACGCUGGUCAGAGGACAGCACAUGACUCAGAGCUGUUCGUGCCAGCAAGUUUCUUCUGUCCGUUGCUUGUGGUGAAACGGCUUUGAAAAGGCUUAUGAAUUCUUUCGGCAUAACCUUUGUUGGGGAAAUGAAUGACAAGUGGUCCGUUUUAUGCUGAGCCGUUCGUUAUCGCCAUUUAAAGCCAUUUUGUUUGUUCACUUUGUGAGAGCCGUGCUGAGGGCUGAUGACUGUGUUUUAUGAGAGAAGAGAGGAGCCUGCAAUUUGUUCUGAUUGAUCUUCAUUCGGAUUCAAAGAGAGCAGCAACCUGGGGGCACAAAAGCAGUGUCAACGAUGAGCAGGCCACCCGUCACCACCAACUACAGAUGACUUGCCACUUUACUUACAAAGAUGUCGUCAACUGCUGAAAAUGGAGACGCCGUACCUGGAAAACAAAACGAAGAAAAAACCUACAAAAAGACUGCAUCAUCAGCUAUUAAAGGUGCCAUUCAGCUGGGAAUAGGAUACACAGUGGGUAAUCUCACUUCCAAGCCAGAACGCGAUGUCCUCAUGCAAGACUUUUAUGUGGUGGAAAGUGUAUUCCUCCCCAGUGAAGGGAGCAAUCUGACCCCAGCACAUCACUACCCAGACUUCAGGUUUAAGACAUACGCCCCGCUGGCUUUCCGCUACUUCCGAGAACUCUUUGGUAUCAAGCCCGACGAUUACUUGUACUCCAUCUGCAGUGAACCGCUGAUAGAACUGUCCAAUCCUGGAGCCAGUGGAUCCUUGUUUUUCUUGACCAGCGAUGAUGAAUUUAUUAUCAAAACUGUUCAGCAUAAGGAAGCCGAGUUCCUGCAGAAGCUGCUGCCAGGCUAUUACAUGAAUCUAAACCAGAAUCCAAGGACUCUCCUGCCGAAAUUCUAUGGUCUGUAUUGCAUGCAGUCAGGAGGCAUCAACAUCCGCAUCGUGGUGAUGAACAACGUGCUGCCGCGUGCCAUGAGGAUGCACUUGACCUAUGACCUGAAAGGCUCCACGUACAAACGAAGGGCGUCCCGAAAAGAGAGGGAGAAACCCAACCCCACGUUUAAGGACCUGGACUUCCUGCAGGACAUGCAUGAGGGGCUGUAUUUCGAUACAGAAACAUACAAUGCCCUUAUGAAGACACUACAGAGAGACUGCCGGGUGCUGGAAAGCUUCAAGAUCAUGGACUACAGCCUUUUGCUGGGUAUCCACAUCUUGGACCAUUCCCUCAAAGACAAAGAAGAGGAGCCCCUCCAAAAUGCACCCGACGCAAAGCGGCCGGGGAUGCAGAAAGUCCUCUACUCCACAGCCAUGGAGUCCAUCCAGGGUCCAGGCAAGUCCGCAGAUGGGAUCAUUGCAGAGAACCCAGACACAAUGGGAGGCAUUCCAGCUAAAAGCCAUAAGGGAGAAAAGCUGCUUCUAUUCAUGGGCAUUAUUGAUAUUCUCCAAUCAUAUAGGUUAAUGAAGAAGUUAGAACACUCCUGGAAAGCUCUUGUGUAUGAUGGGGACACCGUUUCAGUUCAUAGACCAAGUUUUUAUGCAGAUAGAUUUUUAAAGUUUAUGAAUUCCAGAGUUUUCAAGAAAAUUCAAGGGAGUACAUCCCCAUGUUCGCCUGUUGUCUAGCGGCAGUGUGGCGUUCAGAGUCCUGACAGAGUGCAAAAGGUGAUUCCAUCCUUCCAUCCUCUGACAUCCCGUGGGCUGAUGUAUUCCGGGUCCGGCUUAUAAAUUUCACUUCCUUCAUUUGAUCCUUUUAUCCGAUGUAAGCUCACUUUACAGCGCCAGCAUCUCGGGCAGGAAUGGAGUGUCCCCGCUGUGUGCGUUUGGGAAGGGAUGAGCGAGGUCGCACACAGACAACCGGCACCAUGCCUAAGUCCACUCCUUCUUGCGUAACUGAAAAUGACCCCUCUGUGCCCCAUCUCUCUGCCUCUCCUGCCGUGCCUUUCUCUCUUGAGAGCGGUGCACACUUAGGACUGUCUCAUUUCCUUUUCUCUCCUCACCCUUCACCCCAACACUCCAGUUGGCUGUUGAUCCCCGAAAUGUGCCCUUCGAGACUGUUAAUCAGCAUCCUCCGAGCUACUGAACAGCUUUCAGUCUGUAUUUUUUGUAAGUCUCUGCAGUAACUGGGACUAUUCGACAUUCUCUGUGAAGGACCUCUGCACUGUCCUUCAUGACUCUGGGUCCCACUGCCCCUUCAGAUUCUCAUGCUCCUCUUUGGUGACCUUAGGUGUCUCCCCAGCCGUAUCUUUUUUUUUUUUUUUUUGGUUCUUUUUUUUUUGGAGCUGGGGACCGAACCCAGGGCCUUGCGCUUCCUAGGCAAGCGCUCUACCACUGAGCUAAAUCCCCAACCCCUCCCCAGCUGUAUCUUACCACUAAAUGUGCAUUUUCUAGAUCCCGGCCAGGAUUUUGCCUCUUCCCUUUAUCCAAUUCUCUCUGAGUAAUGUCUCCAUACUCCUCAAGGCCUGUUACCAUCUGGGGACCUAAAGUCACUUGCCACGUCUUUGUCACAUUCCCCUUGCUUCUCCAACCUUCCCAUUUAAGGGCCCCACCCAACUGCAUGAUUUCUUGAGCCCAGGAGGUUCAUACUUGAAUGUACUUGCUUCCCAGCACACAGCCUGUCUCUUUUCCUGAAUCCACAUCCCAUCAGACACCACAACCUACCCAGGGACCCAUAUCACUGCUAUUGCCAUCAUGCCUUGGCAACACCCCACAUAGGCACUCGCCUACACCUGCAGCCUUACUCAGAAACACGAGGAGGCCACUCCCUUCCUGCAUGAGGCCACUCCCUUCCUGCAUGAGGCCACUGUGGGCAUAAUUUGGGUUGUUAAUUUUUUGCAUAAAAUAUAACCAUAGCCCUCCAUAAAAGUCUGUUUGUGCCUAGUUGUGUCAGUCUCUCUCCAGUGCAGCCAGAAGAAUGAGUCUGAAAUACAGUUCUACUCUUCCUAAUUUCCCAUUAAAACCAUUGCACACUAAAAAUAAUUAUCAUUCUGUCUGGGAGAUGGAAACUUCCCUAGAUUUCCUUGACUGCAAAGCCCUUAGCCCAGCUCCCAUGUCUGCUUGUGAUGUGGCCUCUGUCUCUGCCCUAUAGCUUUGCUUCUCACCCACCCCACCUCAUACACUCUUUGCUCUUGGAUUCCAGCAGCUCUGAACUCUUUGAGUCAUUGGUUGUGAGCACUACAAUGAAUAGGUGAAAUUUUCACCACCCGCCACAGUUUCAAAAAGAAUUUAAUUGGUAAACUUGGCACUUCGCAACAAAACCUCGUACUGUCGAUAACGGCUACAUGACGCUCUAAUGCUUCAGGAAGAAUCCUCAUGAGGACGAAAGACCCUGACCCCCACAAAAGGAGCAUCGGUCCUCAGUCUUCAAGAACCUUCUUCAUUCCUUUUUUUCUUUUCUUCUUCUUCUGUCGGUGUUUCGUCUUCUUACAUCCACUCGUCCCACUCCUCUAGGCAAAAAUGUCUACAAAAUCCUACAGCCAAAAUCUAUAAGCUCUUGACUAAACCUCUCUGAAAUCCUUUGCCCAGAUCACCUGCCUGUGGCUGAUAUGUUUUCAAGAAAAAUAAGACCAGGUCUUCCCCAAAAAGAGUUUUAGGAAGAAAAAGAUGUUAAAGUCCUGCAGAGACAACAGGAAGACAGGAAAGACAUCUCAAGGAGAGGAAAGAAUAUGUGCAAAGGUCUGGGGGUGGAAAUCAAGAUGGGGGCAUGGUCAGGAAAGGCAUGAUAAGCUGAAAGUGAUGUGGGGAGAGCUGAGUGGCAGUAUGGGCCCAGAUGCCUGUCAUGAGACAUGGUUUUGCCCAAUGGUUCUCAACUUGUGGGUCGAGACUUCUUUGGGGGUUGAAUAACCCUUUCAGAGGGGCCCCCUAAGACCAUUAGAAAACACAGAUAUUUACAUUUGUAACAGUGCAAAAUUACAGUUAUGAAGUAGCAACAAAAAUAAUUUGACGCUUGGUGGGGGGAUCUGGGGGAGUCACUCAACAUGAGGAACUGUAUUAAAGGGCCGCAGCAUUAGGAUGGUUGAGAACUAUUGGUUUAGCCAAAGAAACACUCAAGAGUUUAUGUCUCAAAAGGGAGGAGUGGGCCAUGGAAACUAGUUUUCAAGAUGACAAAUCCUGCUGGGUGGAUGUGGUGGGGCACACAUUUAAUGCCAGCCUUUGGGACAAAUUAGACAGAUUUCUGUGACUUCAAGGCCAACCUGGGCAACAUAGUGAGUUCCAGGACAGCCAGAGCUACAUAGAGAGACCUUGUCUCAAAAACAAACAAACAAAAGAAAUAAUAAACAAAUCCCGAGAUGUCCCUAAGGCAAUUUUCAGCCAAAUGCAAGCCUGUUUAGGUUGAAAAAAGACAAGUUUCAUAUGUGGAAUUAGGAACUCGCCAUUGAAGUCAAAGUUGUUAGUUAACUCUUGCCCAAGUGCUCUGUGGUCUUGGCAGAAGUUUGUUGUCCGGGCCCCUCUGCUGUCUUUCUCCUGUCACAGCCCGAGUCUGACCCUCCUGAGUGUCCUCCACUACUGUCCCUCUCUUGCCUGCUAGAGUCACCAGUGUCCUUACUAUCAGAGCUGAGUCUCAGUGCUGAACACCAGCGUCUGUGCAAAGACAAUGAAGUGGAAAAGCGAUGCUCAGACCUUCUCUAAGGGUGACUUUGUACCCUUAACAAUGAGUAAGAACCCCAAAGCCCUGUCUACAUCUUCCAGACACCGAAAUUGAGAAAAUAUAUUAUUAAUUAUUGGUUCUUACCUAUUAAUAAUAAAAAUCCAUGUGCGGCUGGGUGGGUAACUUAUCCCACAAGCCUAAGUUCUUACUCCUAAAUCCUAUAUAAAGCUUGGAAUCCAAGGAUUCCUGCAGGGAGACCGGAAGCAGAAAUGUGAAAUCCUUAGAUGCUUUCAGACCAACUAGCCACACACAGUAGAAAACAAGAGACUUCCUCCACCCCCACCCCCGGGUCUAUCAAAGUAGAAGUCAAGUACUGACCCUUGGGGUUCUCUUCCACAUGUGUGCUGAGGUGCCUACACUCAUAUAUACAUACACAUAUAUACGUGUGUGUGUGUGUGGAGAGAGAGAGAGAGAGAAAGAUUUUAAAGGUAUGUUAACAUAAGUCAAUUAGAACAAAAAAAGCUUAACAAAAAUAAUUAUGGUGAUAGUUUUUUCCUAAAACAGAUAGUUAGUAGGUGGCAUUUCUUUGACUGUUUCGAGAUUCUGAGUAUCUCUCUUAGUGGAGACUAGCUUCUGACUUCAGCCCACAAUGACAGCACACUUCAUUCAACCUGUGAAGAACUCUCAAUGCCUUCAUGUUCUUACAGAAAUAGUUCAGCCUUGUAACUCAUCUGCGGUGUUAGGGACCCCGAGCUGUCAUCAAACCAUGGUUCAUAUUCUCUGACUAAGAUAUCAAAACAAGCUCUACAUAGAAAUCUAGAGCUAUUGUAGCAAAAGGGUAGGAAUGUGUCACGGUUCAUAAAAGACUAGCAAAAGUAGGAGUGUGCCAGCAAACGCCAGUGUGUGGAUAAUCACUUCUGCCCUGGAACGGAAAAGUGAACAUUGCUCAACAGACUGCAGAGCAAAGGAAAACCGGCUUCCUUAGUCCACUUAGUUAUCAUUAAAAUCAAUUGUGAACAGACAAGAAGAAUGGCAAGAUAGUUGUAUGAACAUCCAAAAUCUCCACGUUCACACAAAUAGGCAUACGUGCACGGACAUGCACGCACACACACACACAUACGCAGGCAUGCAUGUACAGACACCCACACAUGCACCAGUGCAUGCACGCACACACACGUGCAUGCACACCUUAACCAGAAAA